AUGAAUGGAUUGGUUUUCAAGAUAAUUGCCAUUAUUUCUCUAAUGAUGAAAAGAAUUGGACUUCAAGUAGAAAUUACUGUCUCACUAAACAUGCUGAUCUAACUGUGGUCGACAACACUACACGUGUGAUGGGUUUUCUAAGACAAUUUAAAGGCACUUCUGAUCACUGGAUUGGUUUGGAGAUGGAAGGAAAUCAAAAGGGAAAAUGGGUAAAUGGAACAACACUUAACAAAUCAUUUAUAGUGAGCGGAAAUGAAACAUGUGCCUACCUCAAUGAUGUUGGUGUAGCAACAGCUAGAUGCUACACAGAAAGAAAAUUCAUUUGCAGAAAGGAAAAAGGAACUAGAUGGCUUGGAUCUUUGUUUUUCUAUAUCAAUUUUAGAAGAAUCCCAUAAUUUCACAGAUUCUAUAGGUCAAUGUUGAGAGUGUUGUAUUUAUAAGAUCAUUUUCUUAUUAAUUUACAAUAU